AAUGACAGGACGCCUCCAGGUUUCGAUGCAAAUACUGAGCGUUUCGGGCGGCUGCUGCUGCCCGUGCUAACUCUGAUAAAGAACAUUUUUGUAGCAUUUUACAGAUUAUAGCCUUGGACAUCACAACAGAGAUGGGGACUUGGAUAUUUUCUUUAACUUUCGUGUGUUUGGCUCUCAUCUCUGGGGUCAGCUGCCUCACCGUGGUCAUCCCUGAGGUUAAAUAUGAGUAUGCUCGCGGGGACAACAUCACCCUCCCCUGCAAUUUUAAGAGUAACCAGGCCAGCCCCGCCCUCGUCAUCAUCACCUGGACCGCUGAAGGCGUCAAUGGAGGAGAAGAUGUGGUGAUCCUGACUCAUUACUCAUCUCCUGACAGGACAGAUUACACCAGUACAUACGAGAAACGGGCCAAACUGGACGUGAACACUGCCACCGGAAAGGCUGACCUCAGACUUUACUCCAUCAGUCUGGACGAUAACAGGCGCUUCGUGUGCCGAGUGCAAAUUCCUGGAGACGAUGAGGGCAUACCGGCCGAUACUACCGAACUGGUGGUGCUGGUGGCUCCAUCUCCUCCCAUCUGUAAAGUCGAGGGUAAAGCAGAGUACGGCCAGAACAUAAACCUUACCUGUCGCUCAGAGGAGGGCUCCCCACCCCCCACCUACAAAUGGGACCGCAGGUCUGUCGAAAACAUCCCCAAAAUGAAUGAACCAAGGACAACAGACAAGGGAGGAAUCCUGUCCCUGUACAACAUUUCCAAAGACACGUCUGGAUACUACAUCUGCACUUCUGCCAACAAGAUCCGCUCUGCCACCUGUAACCUCACGCUCGCCGUCAUGCCCCCCUCCAUGUUGGGCUCUGUGGGGCAGACCGCUGGGAUCAUCGCUGCAGUGGUGGCUGCGCUCAUCAUCUUCAUCAUUGUCAUCUACUGCUGCUGCUGCAAGAAGAAGGGCCAGGAUGAAGAGUACACCAUGGGGGUGAAGGAGUACAGAGACAAUGAGCCCGCUGAGAACGGCGAGCGGCGUGCACCUCAAGGUGACGCCCGCACCGAGAGAGACACCAGGGAGCGUCGUGACUAUGACGACCCCCGUAGCGACUAUGAUGAUCGCCGUAGUGACUACACUGAGAGACGCACUGAUUAUGAUGAUCGCCGUAGCGACUUCAGUGAUCGUCGUAGCGACUACGAUGAUCGGCGCAGCGACUACACUGACCGCACCGAUGACCGCAGAGACCGCCGCUAUGAUGACGACCGCCGAGACAACCGCUAUGAUGAUGACCGUCGCUAUGACAGCCGAGACCGUCGCUAUGACGACAGGGAGUAUGACGACAGACCCGCACCGCCUGCAAACAAACCUCCGAGACGAGACUAUGAUGAUGACUAAGACCAACCACUGCAAAGCUCCAGUUAACUCUGUGUAAGACGAACUUUAGUCAUUUAACUCCAGCCCAAUGUGUGAUUCUGCCUCAAAGGAAAAAGUGUUACACUACCGACUGAGGUUAUGUCUCAUCAGAAAAACAACACGGUGAUGGCGACAGAGAGGAUUAACUGUGACUUUACUCUUUGUACACAGAGAGUAAUUUAGAUCAGGCUAUCAUCAGGACGCCAAUGAAAUGUGUGGCCUACCUGGACAUCAGGUUAUCCUGAUACUAAAAAGCUUAUUGUUUUAUUCAGUUUCCACUUUUUACUUGUACUAUAUUGUUAACCAGGAAGAUUGUACCAGCUUUGCAUUAGUUGUAGCUGUAAGUUAAGGCAUUUUUAAGAAACAUCAUCGAACAAUUUUCCAUCUGUCUGUAUGAAAUAUCAUGAAAUAUACUUUGUUUAUUGUUUUAUAAAAAUAUCUUGUGACUAUUUGGCAUAUGCGCACAAUAUAAGACUAUUGCAAUGUUUUUAUAUGGUUGUACAAAGAUAUUAGCUUUAAAUUUAAAUAUGCAAUUUCAUGUUUUGUGAUAGAUUUUUGUUAUUUUAAGGGCUUUGGGGUUUGAUUGACUUGUGGCCAGGUCGAUUGUGUUGUAAAUAGCACAAUGGAAAGCACCUGAAUUUCUCUUCCCUUUUACACUGUUAUAAUAAAUUGGACAGAUGUUACCACAGAUAAUAUAGUUAAAAUGAAUUAUACAACUCUUUGUCAUUUGUAAAAACACUUUGAAAGCAAUAAAAUUAUAUUGUACAGUAAAA